GGCACUUUGUGGAACUCCUUUCAAAUGCAAAAAGAUGCACUAGUUGAGCAAUUCAACGAUACAGAGAGCAAGAUGGCCUCAUUCACAACAGCCAAAGCCACCAGUCUACAAACAGCAGAGGACAAAUGCCAACGAUAUAUGUCCCUGAUUGCUCACUUGGAUCAUUUGGAAGUGCCUUUAAAUGCUGUGAAAGACAUCAGUAAAGAGCUGGAGCAGAUCAUUUCUGACUCUAGCACCAUAGUAACCAGCCACUGUGUCUCAGCACUAUGGCAACGCUGGACCAAGCUGUGCAGUGUGGCCCGGGCUCAGGAGAGGGCGCUAGAGGACACUGCAAGAGAGUGGAGAAAUUUUAUGGAAAAGAUGGAGAAGGUGCAGUCUGUAUUUGAGGAUCUCCGCGGCAGAGUCCCUGACAGCACAGUGGAGAAAGCGGCCACCAGAGCGGCACUGCAGAGCCUCCUGGAGUACCACGACUCUUACAGUGUAGAGCUAGAGCGGGAGCAGUCCAUCCUGGCCCUGCUUAAUCAGCUGACUGUCAGCCUCAGAGUAGAGAGAGAGCACAGGGAGGAGGAGAAAACUGAGAAUGGACACAAUCAAACACUGUGGCUGGAUCAGAUCAGUGACUACCUAGAGCAAUAUGACAGCCUUCUGCAGCAAGUGCGGGCCAGUCGGGCUCAGGUGCAACAGGAGCUGAGAGAGCGGGAGGAGGUGGAGAAGGAGCUAGGAGUAGUCAAAGGCUGGAUCCAGGACACUCGAGGUCUACUCCUGAGCCCGACGGCUGACCUGGACUCUCUCUUGCAGGAACUAGAGACAGCACAUGGUGAAGUCAUCAGUAGGCGCCAAAGUGUGGAGCGUAUCACAGAGCUGCAGCAGUCCAAGUACCAGGAGCUCCAGGCAGGUCUCCCUUCAGAGCUCAGCAUGCAACUGGCCGAAGUGGCUCUGGCUUUGGGCUCUGCAGAAGAUCAGGUCCAAGCUAGAGAGCGGGAGAUACAGCAGACCAGAGAUGUCAAACAAGACUUCAACUCCAGACUUCAGGACAUGGAGACAAAGCUGAAGACCAUUGCUCUAAAACUGGAUGACAAGAGUGGAGAUCUGGAGGAGGCCAAAGAAGAGACCAAGGCCAUCUGUGAGGAGUGUGAAUACUGUGGUCGGACAUUGGGAGAGUUGGGGGUUGCAGUGCAGGAAUUUGGAGAGCAGAACCCUCUCUUGUGUAAACAGCUGGGGGACGCAGUGACCAAACUAAUGGAGGUGCAGCGUCACACAGCACAACAGAUCCAAGACAAAUCCAACAGACUGAAAAAGGCAGAGAGACAAAUGGAGGACUAUCAGAGCAUGAAGACAUUCAUCCUUUCCUGGAUAGAGAAAGCCGAGUGUAUGGUCAGUGGGAACAUCAUAUGGAGCUUGGCAUCACAGCUGCAGGAGCAAAUCCGUGCACACCAGGCACUGCUCCGGGAGUGCAGGGGUCUCCAUGGCGACUUGGAGGCCAUGCUGGAGCGGGAGGGGCAGCUGGGUGAAGUGCUACAGACCGACAGGUGGGGCCAGCAGGUGAGAAACCUAAGCAGACGGACAGAGGAGCUGCAGCAAAUGGCCAGAACACGACUACUGAGUCUACAAGAUGCAGCUAAGGAUAUGUUGCGUUUGGAGGCAGAGGUGAAGAGUUUCCAUGCUGCUGUGGACCAGGUCCAGGUCACACUUGCAUCUCCAGAUCUGAACAGACUCAGCCUCAGAGAGCAACUCACUCAAAGACAACGAGUACUGGUGGAGAUGGAGAGCUUCAAGCAGCAGGUAGCAUCAGUUCAGCAGUGUCAGAGCGCCCUCCGGCUGCCAGAGGAGGCAGUGGCCAGUCUUCCUAUCUGUCGAGCUGCUCAGACUCUGCAGCAAGAGGCUAGCCAACUGCAGCACACAACCAUUCAGCAGUGCAACAUACUGCAGGAGGCUGUGGUGCAGUAUGAGCAGUAUGAACAGGAAGUGAAGAAUCUCCAGAGACUGAUAGAAGAAGCCCAUCACAUCAUUCAGGACCGUCCCGUCUCCACCAGCAACAUUCAGGAACUGCAGGCUCAAAUUCACCAUCAUGAGGAGCUGGCUCAGAAAAUCCGUGGCUACCAGGAGCAAAUUGCCUCUCUUCACUCUAAGUGUAAGAUGUUGACAGUAAAGGCCAAACAUGCUACCAUGCUGCUGACCGUGAAUGAGGUGGAGGGGCUUUCUGACGGCAUGGACGAGCUCAGCGACGAUGAACUGCCAAAUGCUGUCGCCAGUGGUAACACAGUCAGCUCCAAACAGCUGCCUGCACACCCCUCUGUCGUCAUGAUGACAGCAGGCCGCUGCCACACGCUUCUCUCCCCUGUCACAGAAGAAUCAGGGGAGGAGGGCACCAACAGUGAGGUCUCCUCUCCCCCUGCCUGCCGCUCCCCCUCCCCAGGGGCUAAUGGGGAUGCUGCUCUUAACCAGGCACGUGGGAACCUUAGUCGUGCUCCACUCCAAGAACUCUAUGAUCCAUCAAUGGAAACCAAUGCUGCUAACCUGGAUGACCUGCAGAGGUCCUGGGAAACACUAAAGAACGUGAUCAGUGAGAAGCAGAAGAGUUUGUACGAAGCCCUGGAGAGGCAGCAGCACUACCAGGAGUCUCUACAGUCCAUUUCAACAAAGAUGGAGUCCAUUGAAGGAGCACUCAGUGAAGGUCUGGAGCCCAACAAGAGUCCAGAAAGCCAGAUGGCUGCACAUCAGGCGCUCAUGGAUGAGAUUCUGAUGCUGCAGGAUGAAAUAGGAGAGUUACAAACAUGUUUUUCGGAGGAGCUGGGAGACAGUGACAGUGAUGGGGAACCAGGAGACCAGCUGGCUCUGCACUCUACACUCACAGUGCUCGGAGAGAGGAUGGCAACCAUCAGAAUGAAGGCUUCUGGGAAACGACAACUACUAGAGGAGAAGCUGAAUGAGCAGUUGGAGGAGCAGAGACAGGAGCAGGCCUUACAGCGGUAUCACAGUGAGGCCGAGGAGCUGGACCAUUGGCUCCUCAGCACCAGGGCCACCCUCAGCUCUGCUCUGCAGCUCCACACUGAAGAUCUGGACAUGGAGGAGCAGCUCAUAGACUGCCAGAACAUGCUGUUUGAGAUCGAGCAGAAGGUGUCGUACCUGUCGGAGCUCUCAGUCCACAGUGAGAGUUUGCUGUUGGAGGGACGAGCAGAGACCAAAGGAGAGGCUGAGCAAUUGUCCCUAAAACUGCGCUCCCUCAAAGACAGUCUCCUCGAGCUGCAGCAGAUGCUACAAGAUAAACAGGUUGACAUACAGGGGUCACUGCAGGAACAGGAGGAGAGUGAAGCGAGUUCUUCUUUGUCUCAGAGCCCAAACGUCCAGGACUGGCUCUCUCAGGCCAGAUCAUCUCGGACCCAGCAACAUCAUGACAACCUGCUGCGACAGAGGGAGCUACAGGCUCAAGUGGCUGAACAAAAGCGGCUGCUCCAGUCUGUGGCCACAGUUGGGGAAGAAGUUCUCAAUCAGACUACACCCAAUGGAGACAGUGAGAUGUGUGUCCCAGGAGGAGUUUUGCUGGAGGCAGAAAAUGUGUCUCCACUGGAUCAGCUGAGGCAGCGCUGGGAAAACCUCAACAAGGAUCAAAGCACAAAAUUGCAGCUAUCUUUGAACUCUCUAGAACAAGAGCAACUCAGUCCAGUCCUCCUCCGGUCCCGUCUGUCCAGUCCUAGUGUUGUUUUUAGAAGUGAUGUUUUGACUCAGGAUGUCAGGUCUCCAAAAGCUCUGUUUGAAACCUGCAGCCAGACUCUUGAAAGAAUAGACCAAGAGACUGGAGGAGAGAGCAGAUCGUCAACGUCUUCGGCUGGAGCCUUGGUGCAGCACGACCUUUAUAGUGCCGUGUCAGCUGCCUCCACCUGGCUCGAUGCUGCAGAGAACCAGCUCCUCUCAGGACCAGUGCUGCUGUCAGAGGACACGGAGAUGCAGCUCACACAUCUAGAGGGUUUGAACAAGAAGUUGAAGGAGAUGAGUCGAGAGGUGAACCAGUGCAGGGACCUGUUGGGUGGGGGAGCGGGCCGGGUCUGUGGAGGGGACGACAGGGUGCUGAUGGAGGAUACACUGGAGGGGCUGCAGGAGAGGAUGGGUCUGUUGGAUUCCACUCUUGAGCAGCACUGUGACUGCAUGAGGGACAAGCUGCAAGAAAACUCUACUUUGCAGAGUGAACUAAGAAUGAUGUUUACUGCCUUAAGUGAAAGCAAACAUCAGUUGUUGCAGAAAGUGGCCUGCACAGUGGACCGACCAGCAGCUAAACAAAUAGAGACAUUAUCAGAAGUGGAGGACAGCCUGAAGGAGUUUGAGCAGCGCAUCAUGGAACUAAAGGCCAGAGCAGAGGGUCUCCAUGGAGAUCAAGUCUCCAAUCAGGAUCUACUAAAACUUCAGGACGUAUAUGAGGAGCUGGUUCUGAUGGUGGGGUCACGACGCAGCGGUCUGAACCAUGGUCUGUCCCUCAAAACCCAAUAUGAAGCUGCUCUCAGGGACCUUACAGAGCUGGUGGACACUGCUCAGGACAAGAUGGCAGCCGACCAGAAAAUGACUGUGGCCUCUGUUAUUGAGGUGCAAAUACUACUAGACAAACACAAGGAGUUUUUCCAGGGUUUGGAGAGCCAUAUGAUCCUCACACAGACAUUCUACACUAAAGUGGCUGGAUUGGUAACACAGCGGGAGAGCCAGACUUUGGAGGAGACUAUGACCUCUGCCCAUAGUGUGUUAAAACAAGCUCACAGGCGAGGAGUGGAGUUGGAGGGCAUUUUAGAGUCAUGGAGUAGACUAGUGGAAGACUACCAGGAGUUGUGUAAACAGCUGGAGGCCGUGGAGUCCAGUAUCCCGGCUGUAGCACUGGUGGAGGAGACAGAAGAGAGGCUGGCAGAAAGAAUCUGUCUAUUCCAGCGUCUAAAGGCCAGUCUGACAGAGCACCAACCCCAGCUGUACCAGGUGCUGGAGGAGGGUAAACGGCUUCUCCUGUCUGUGGGAUGUUCAGACCUGGAGAACCAGCUCACCCAGCUGGGGGAUCACUGGCUCUCGUCCACCACCAAAGUCAAUAAAGAGCUGCAUCGACUGGACUCCACGCUCAAACACUGGAGCAGGUAUCAGAGUGAGUCGGCAGAGUUGAGCCAGUGGUUACAGUCGGCUCUAGGUCAACUUGAGUUUUGGACUACACAAUCUGUAACUGUACCUCAAGAGCUGGAGAAUGUUCGAGACCACCUUUAUGCAUUCCUUGAGUUUUCUAAGGAAGUAGAUGCCAAGUCUUCAUUGCGUUCUUCAGUGUUGAGCACAGGCAAUCAGCUUCUUAGAUUGAAACGAGUGGACACUGCUGGUUUGAGGACAGCCCUGGGACACAUCGACACUCAAUGGGCAGAGCUGCUCACCAGAAUCCCAGUGGUGCAGGAAAAACUCCAUCAGUUGCAAAUGGAGAAGCUGGCAUCACGUCACGCCAUCACGGAGCUCAUGAGCUGGAUCUCUGUCAUGGAAAAUAUAAUCGUAGAGGAUAAAAACAAGAUUACAGAAGCAGUGGGGUCAGACAAAGUGCAGAGCUUUUUGCAAAAAUAUAAGGGUUUUCGUAUAGAUUUGACUUGUAAGCAGCUCACUGUGGACUUUGUGAAUCAAUCAGUGCUGCAGAUUAGCAGUCAGGAUGUGGAGGGAAAACGCAGUGAUAAAACGGAUUUUGCAGAGAAGCUGGGAGCGAUGAACAGAAGGUGGCAGAUACUGCAGGGAUUGAUUACAGAAAAGAUUCAGUUGUUGGAAGGACUUUUGGAAAGUUGGUUAGAGCACGAGAAUGGAGUCCAGGCCUUGAAAACCUGGCUCACCCUACAAGAGGAGAAAGUAAAAAAGAAGCACAGGAUAGAGGAUGUGGCAUCAGUUCAAAAUGCACUUAAAGACUGUCAGGAGUUAGAAGAAUUAGUGAAGGAAAAAGAAAAGGAUCUGGAGAAGGCAGUGGAACGUGGAAACGCACUUAUUCAGAACAAAAGAACAGAGGCCUGCGCUGCUGUCAGAGAGACCCUAAAGAAACUGAACCAGACCUGGACUCAGCUGGACCACAUGAUAAGUCAGAUGAAGGUGAGCUUGAAAUCAGUAUUGGAGCAGUGGACCCUGUACAGACGCGCAGCAGAGGAGAUUAAUGGAUACCUCAUGGAGGGCAGGUACUCGGUGUCUAGGCUGCACCUUCUCAACGGGUCCCUUGAGGCAGUCCAGCAGCAGGUGGAGAGUCUAGAGAAUUUGCAGGAGGAGAUGGAUAAGCAAGAGAGCAGUUUGAAAAAGUUUGGGACAGUAACACAACAGCUGUUAACAGAGUGUCAUCCAUCUGUGGCCGAAACAUUAAACCGGGCACUUGGAGAUGUCAACAUAAGGUGGAAUGGUUUACUUGAGCAGAUAUCAGAUCAAAUGAGGAGCAGUAAGGCCCUGCUGGGUUUGUGGCAACAGUAUAAGACAUUGUACAACCAGUGUGUGAUCGCAGUUCAGAAACAGGAGCAAAGGGCAGACCGUCUGCUCAAGAGCGCCACUGACAGGGAGAUCUCAGAGGAGGAAAAUCUAGCAUGGAUGAAAGAUUGUGAUGAUUGUCUGAGUAGCCAAGCCUCAGUGCACCAGUCCCUUCAGCAGCUGCAGACUUUGGGGCAACAACUGAAAAGCCAAGUGGACACCUCCUCCUUGGCAGCCCUCCAGACAGACCACCUGUCCCUCACACACCGCCUAGCAAUGCUGGAGCACUCCCUCCACAGGCAACAAGAAGUACUGCAGUGUGGCUCUCAGUCAUGUGAAAGUUUCCGAGAGCAGUUGAACACACUUGUCAGAAAAGCAGAGGAGGCGGAGGAGGUGCUGAAGGAGCCAGAUCCCAUAGGUCUAUCAGACUUGACUGCUCUGCAGACCCAUAUGGACAAACUCAAGAUUGAGCUGUUGAAAUUGAGCAGUCUGGCAGCAGACCUGGAGCGUGUGAAUGAUUUGGUUUACCGACUGCCUGUCAGUGACUCAGACAUCAAACAACUGCAGAGUCUGAACAGAUCCUGGACCGCUCACUCUGCUCACCUCACCGAGAGAUUCAGCAAACUGCAAGCCAUGAUGCUGCAGCAUCAGAGCUUCCUCCAAAAGUGUGAGAGGUGGAUGGACUUCCUGUCUCAGACUGAACAGAAACUCGCAGCUGAGAUUUCAGGCAACUACCAGAGUCUGCUGGAACAACAAAGAGACCAUGAGCUGUUCCAGGCUGAAAUGUUCAGUCGACAGCAAAUCCUUUAUUCGAUCAUCAGUGAUGGGCAUCGCAUGUUAGACCAGGGACAAGUGGAUGACAGGGAUGACUUCAGCGUGAAGCUAGCCCUGCUGGGUAACCAGUGGCAGUGCGUGGUGAGACGCGCCCAGCAGAGGAGGGGUAUUAUUGACAGUUUGGUGAGACAGUGGCAGAAUUACAGAGAAACGUCAGAGAAACUGCAGCGAUGGCUUCAGGAGGUGUCCCAUGAACCAGACCUGCAUCAGUCUGGAGAGUGUGUGGCCUUACAGCAGGCCAGGAACCUGUUAGACCAGAUACAGCUCAGAGAGAGGGUGCUCCACCGACAGCAGGGGGUCUACAUCUUGACUGUGGAGGCCGGGCGGAGUCUGCUCAUGUCAGCCGACACCCAGGCCGAGUCCAGGCUCCAAACCGAGCUUAUGGAGAUCCAGGACAAGUGGAGACACGCCCACCAACAUCUAGACCAGCAGAGGCGAGAGCUGCAUGGGUUACUCAAGAAUUGGGAGCGAUGUGAGAAAGGCAUAGAUGCGUCGCUGGAGAAGUUGAGGGCCUUUAAGAGCAAGCUGUGUUUGCCUCUCCCUGACCAUCAUGAGGAGCUGCACGCUGAGCAAAUCCGAUGCAAGGAGUUGGAGGGCACCGUGGAGGGUUGGGCGGACGAUCUCACUUCCUUGUUUAUGUUGAGGGACUCGUUGGACGGUGUAGUCAGUCCUGAUGACAUCACCGUCCUUCAGCAACGACUCCAGCUCCUCCAGCGCCAGUGGGAAGAGGUCUGCCACCAGCUUUCCCUGCGGCGGCAGCAAGUGAGUGAGAAGUUAAAUGAGUGGGCUGUGUUCAAUGAGAAGAACAAGGAGCUGUGUGAGUGGCUCACACAGAUGGAGAGCAAGGUUUCUCAGAACGGAGACAUCAGUAUCGAAGAGAUGAUUGAGAAGUUGCGCAAGGAUUACCAGGAGGAGAUCAGUGUGGCUCAGGAGAAUAAACAACAGCUGCAGGUAAUGGGUGAGCGUUUGGCCAGAGCCAGUCAAGACAACAAGGCCUCUGACAUCCAGCACAAACUCAGCAAAGUCAGUGAGCGAUGGCAACACCUACUUGACCUCAUCGCUGCCAGGGUGAAGAAGCUGAGGGAGACCCUAGUUGCUGUGCAGCAGCUGGAUAAAAACAUGAGCAGUCUGCGCUCGUGGCUUGCUCACAUCGAGACCGAGCUGUCCAGGCCCAUCGUCUAUGACACUUGCGACGACCAAGAGAUCCAGAGGAAACUCAACCAGCAACAGGAGCUGCAGAGGGACAUCGAGAAGCACAGCACCGGUGUGGCCUCUGUGUUAAACCUGUGUGAAGUCCUGCUCCACGACUGUGACGCCUGCUCCACGGAGACCGAGUGUGACUCCAUCCAGCAAGCAACAAGAGGCCUGGACCGCCGAUGGAGGAACAUCUGCGCUAUGUCUAUGGAGAGGAGGCUCAAGAUUGAGGAGACUUGGAGAUUGUGGCAGAAGUUUCUGGAUGAUUACUCCCGGUUUGAAGAAUGGCUGAGGACAUCGGAAAGAACAGCUGCUCUGCCAAAACUCUCAGGAGGGCUGUAUACUGUAGCCAAAGAGGAACUGAAGAAAUUUGAGGCCUUCCAGCGCCAGGUGCAGGAGUGUCUGACACAGUUGGAGCUCAUUAACAAACAGUACCGACGUCUGGCCCGGGAAAACCGCACCGACUCUUCCUGCCGCCUGCGAGAAAUGGUGCAUGAUGGGAACCGGCGCUGGGACAACCUGCAGAAGAGGGUCACUGCUAUUCUGCGUAGACUUAAGCACUUUAUUGGUCAGAGGGAGGAGUUUGAAACGGCAAGGGACAGUAUCCUCGUGUGGCUUACAGAGAUGGAUCUCCAACUGACCAACAUAGAGCACUUCUCAGAAUGUGAUGUUCAAGCCAAAAUUAAACAACUUAGGGCAUUCCAGCAGGAGAUUUAUCUGAACACAGGAAAGAUAGAGAUGGUGUUCAGACACGGAGAUGCUCUGAUAGAGAAGAGUGAACCACUGGAUGCCGCAGUGAUCGAGGAGGAGCUGGAGGAGCUGCAAAGAUACUGUCAAGAAGUGUUUGGACGAGUGGACCGCUACUACAAGAAGCUCACACGGCUGCCUUUGGCCGAUGAUGACCUUGAUGGCUCAGACAGAGAGCUGGACCUGGAGGAGGGUCCUGAGCUCCAGUGGUCAGACUCUCCUGUUCCUCGGGGGUCCAAUCGCCCCACCUCAAGCACUGCCCCACUCCUGAGGGCAGAGCGGUCAGGCCGGGACACUCCAGCCAGUGUGGACUCUAUCCCUCUGGAGUGGGACCAUGACUACGACCUGAGCAGAGGCCUGGAGAGUCCAGGGGGGCGUGGCCACAGGCAAAACCCAGACCAAGAAGACGAGGAGUACCUCAGGACGGCCUCUGCUGUGCUGUCAGGAGAUGCAGCUCAGCUAGAGGCCAGUCUGAGGCAGCUGGACCAGGCUCUGGAUCAGGGGCGGUACCACCUUCAGCAGAGAGGAGGCCAAUUGCCAACCGCAGCAGCCGACUCCACCUAUAUGGGCUAUGACAUGCGCCUAAUGGGAGAGUGUCGGGGCAGUAUUGAUGCAGUGAAAAGAGCAGAAGGAGAGCUGACUGAGGAUGAAGAUGACGUCCCAGGAUUUACCAACCCCAACUGCACUGACACUCAGAGCACUGGUGUGAUUGAGCGGUGGGAGCUGAUCCAGGCCCAGUCCCUCAGUGAGAAGAACAGGUACAAGCAGGACCUGCAGCAGUGGCAGCAGCUGAUCUCAGAUCUGCAGACCAUGAGGGCCUGGCUGGGACAAUGUGAGGCUGAACUCAGCCAACUGAGAGGACUUCGCCAGAGCACAGACAUCCACACCAUACAACUGAGGAUCAAGAAGCUCAAGGAUCUGCAGAAGGGAAUGGACGUGCACAAAUCAGAGGUACUGUCAAUAAACCUGAGCAGUGCAGACUUCCUCCAGUCUGAGCCUGACUCUGAGGAGGCCUGGGAGCUGCGGGACGCUCUCAAAGAGAUGAACUCUUGCUGGGACCACCUUGGGUCCUCCCUGGAGGACUGGAGGAGUGAACUGCAGAGGGCACUGUUGCAGUGUCAGGAGUUCCAUGAACUUAGCCAUGGUCUGCUGCUUUGGCUGGAGAACAUCGAUCGCAGAAGAAAUGAGGUGAUCCCCAUUCCUCAAAGAGCCAACCGAGAGACUUUAUUAGCUCAUCAUAACACACUAACAGUGACAAUAAAGAGUGAGCUGUUGGACUCGCAGCAGAAGGUGUCGUCCCUGCAGGAUCUGUCCACUCAUCUUUUGCUGCAGGUUCAGGGCAGUGAGUGUUUGGAGGCCCAGGAAAAGGUCCAUGUGAUCUGGAACAGGCUGAGGCUGCUGCUGAGGGAGGUGAGCUCUGACCUGGAGGAGCUGGAGAGGAGACUGGAGGCAGCACACCCACAACAGGAUGUCAUACCUUUGCCUGUUGCAAAAGUGGAGACCAUUCAUUUAGCCGAAACAGUGUCAGAAGUGGUCCAUCAGAAACCACUAACGCCCCGAGGUAAAAAGUAGUCAGACCCACCGGGGACAUCCGAGAGCAGACCGCGCCACAGCCGGGGCAAAUCACGAGGCGUCGCUGGCUCCGGUUCCUCCCGUUUCUGAACCUCCCAGACUCCGCCCUCUGCCCGUCCCCCUCUGUUGGGGGCCAGUCAUUUGUGCUGCGUGUGCUCCGGGCGGCCCUCCCUGUCCAGCUGCUGCUCUUCCUCCUCAUCGGCCUGGCCUGCCUCGUACCCAUGACGGAGCAGGACUACAGCUGUCACCAUGCCAACAACUUUGCCCGCUCCUUUCACCCCAU